CGUCCAGGUCUCUGUGUCUUGCUAAAUGCGGGCGGGUACCCGGAUGUAGAGGCUAACUGCCAGGCGAAGCGACCAGAGUGCGAGCGAGGGCUCUGAAGUGCAUGCGCAGUCGCUGUCCCUGCGCCUCCUUGCUCCCGGGCUUAGGCGUCUUGGCCGGCCGUUGUGCCCUGAGUCCGGGCGGGGCUGAAGGGGAGGCGCCUGUGCUGAGCCCACCCGCUCUCCCUCGGGAGGUGGUUAUGUCAGCUGAGGCCACGGCAGACCAGGUCCCACCCCUGGAGAAUUGUGCCCCGCUAGUCCCAAUCCAGCAGCGACGGGAUGGCAGCGGAGGGGUAGCCGGUGUGACCUUUGAUCUCAAACCCCUUAACCCCAGCAGCAAGUAUGUCAAGCUGAACGUGGGAGGGUCACUGCAUUACACCACAGUGCAAACCCUCACCAAGCAAGACACCAUGCUCAAGGCUAUGUUCAGUGGCAGGAUGGAGGUGCUCACAGAUAGUGAAGGUUGGAUCUUGAUUGACCGAAGUGGGCGCCAUUUUGGAACUAUUCUGAACUACUUGCGCGAUGGCUCUGUGUCCCUCCCUGAAUCCCAGCGGGAGCUGGAGGAAGUGCUAUCCGAGGCCCGGUACUACUUGAUCCAAGGCUUGGUUGAGGACUGUCAGCUUGCCCUGCAGCAAAAGAGUGAGGCCUAUGACCCCCUCUGCCAUAUCCCCAUGGUGACCUCUUCCAAGGAGGAGCAGCAGAUCAUCUCAAGCUGUUCCAAGCCUGUGGUGAAAUUGCUGCACAACCGAAGUAAUAACAAGUAUUCAUAUACAAGUAACUCCGAUGACAACUUGCUGAAGAAUAUCGAACUGUUUGACAAGCUGGCUCUGCGGUUCAAUGGCCGAGUACUCUUCAUCAAAGAUGUUCUUGGGGAUGAAAUCUGCUGCUGGUCGUUUUAUGGGCAGGGCCGCAAGAUUGCCGAAGUCUGCUGCACCUCCAUUGUAUAUGCCACUGAGAAGAAGCAGACCAAGGUGGAGUUCCCAGAGGCACGGAUCUUUGAGGAAACCCUGAACAUCCUGAUCUACGAGACGCCACGAGUGCCAGACAAGGCCCUCCUGGAGGCAACAGGUGGGGUGGCAGGUGGGGGUGGAGGCCCCCUCCGUGCAGGUGACGACGAAGAUGGGCGGGAGCACCGUGUCCGGCGCAUACAUGUCCGUAGGCACAUCAUGCAUGAUGAACGUCCUCACGGCCACCAAGCUGUUUUCAAAGACUGAUCCCGCCUCGCUCGCAAUGUCCUUAAUUACUCCAUCCAUUUAGUGCCAAAGGAGGACCUGUUUUCUCCUUUUGAUCUUUCACCUCAAGGUCUUCUCAUUUGUGUUUGUAUCCUUUUCUAACCUCUCUCUCCCUCUGGGCUGCUUUUCUGCCCUCUUGCUAUCCCUUGACUUUAUUAAGCCCUCCUUUUUCUUUUGACAAUUGACCUCUUGGUCUGCCCCUUCAUUUUACUGGCAUGCUCUUUCCAGCUGUUAAUUUCCCCAAAUGCUUCAGUCUUAAACACCUGACCUCCCACUUUCCCUCACCACCCCACCUGUCUCAUAAUCUGCAAGACACCACUGAAACCUGGAUUGUGGUCCUUUAUUCAAAACCUCCUGAUCCUGAACCUUUCCAACCGAAUGAUUCUUAACUGUCCUCUAAACUUAGGAUCCAUGGAAUGACAACAUUAUAACUUACAGAGCUAUAUGUGAGCAAAGCAUAUGAUUUGGGGGACCCUACAUUCCAUCUCAGCUUAAUACUGGGCCUUUGGUGACUUCCAUUUUGUAACACUCUUAUUGGCCUCUUUCAAAGGCCACAGACAAGGUGCUACCUAGACAGGGAUGUGUCAGUUCUUAUAUAUUUAUCAACUUUGAUCUCUCCAUUCUGGAGUCUUCUGCCCUUCGCUUUAUGGUACAUAGUUGUUGUUUUAUUGGUCAACCCCCAACCCACCCUUGGUUUCUGUUCACCUAGUUUUAACUUCUCUGUUGAAGAAACUGCCUGGAUUUAAGAGAAGACAUAAAUUGUUCAAGAAAAAACCUGGUUACACUCCAUUAAUUUUUUUUUAUAAUGGCAUUGGCAUAACUGGGAUUAUACAACAUAUUUAUUAGUGUCUUUUUUCUGGAUUAAUUUCAACUAGAUAUAGCCUCCUGUGAGCAAAGAAGAUUAAAUCCAGUGUUAAUCAACCAUUAAAAAAAUUCAUGUAUAAAACUUGGCACCUUUAACCUUUGCAUUAGAGCAGGAGGUAACAGUUGUGAAAUUGGUUCUAUUAUUGUCCAUCUGGGAAAGAUGUCAGACAGAUAACAGCUGCUAUUUUUUUUAAAAAAAAAUGUCUGGGUCAAAAACACAGUUUGACCAUCUCCUUAAGUGUUGUGUGACCUGGACCUUGAUUCCAUCCAAACACUUCUGUCCCACUUACAGGUACGACUUAUAUCAAAAUAUGUUAGAUGCUUCAAUCCCACACUUCAUAGGCAAUCCCACACCAUUACAAAACAGCGGAACAUGGUCAAAUGACUCCCUUCAGACAUAGAUCUGUGUAGGUACAGAAGUCAUACUUCUUCCUGCAGAGUUUGAGCACUUGUACUCUGCCCCUGGAAUGGCUUCACCCCCUUGUUUUCCAUAAGGUCGGGCAGAGGGGGAAUCUGGGGUCCUCCCAUCAGCCCCAGCCAGCAUAGCCAGUGAUCAGGUUUGAUGGGAGUUGUAGUCCAUCCAUAACUGGAGGGCCACCAUUUCCUCAUCCUGCCACAGGGAAUGGUAUGGUGCUUUAUACCAACUUCAGCAAAGUGUAAUAUGGGACAUUUCAGCAACCCUUUCAGUCAAUUGUCUGAUGGAACAGGGUUUGGAUAUUCUUAAUGGUGGUGGAUGGAGAGGGAGGGUGAAAUUGCAUUCUGUAAAUGCAGACUGGUGCAGGUAACUUUACUGGAGAGAAGGUAUCAUUUUCCUCCAUUCUUCUUUACCCCUCUGUAUAUCCUCCCCUCCCUGGAGGAGGUAACUUUCUUGAAUUAAUUAUUGUAAUUUUUUGUAUUUGCAUAAUUUAUUUUAAAAAUGUUUUUUUUCUAUUAAAUUAUUGUAAUAAAGGUACCUGCUUAAAAAUGGGGAAGUUUCCUGGUGUGUGUGUGUGUGUGUUUUAACUGGAUAAGGAUCUGUAUCUCCUGGGCUUUUCCAUGCCUAGACAGGCACAUUUCCCAAAGAAUAUUAGUGACUUUAGUGAGCUGGAUCAUCUUUUUGUCUAACCCAGAGGGUUGUGUUUAUUGGACAAUUACAAUUGCUAAAGAGGAAGGAGUUGUUGGCAGCACAUGUUUGAAAUCUUACCUUGUUAACACUUGGGCAGCUUCUCUGUUCAUCUGCUGCCUGUGGCUUACUCCAGUAGUGGAAGGAAAUAAGGUGAGCUUCCUUCUGGAUUUCUAAGAACCUAAAUUUGAAGGUGGGUGCAAGUUUUCUCCAAUUCUCCCCUUCUGGAUUGUAACAAUGGAAAGCGCUUCAGCAGUCUGGUGGAUGCCUUGGAUUUUAUGAAGAGAGAUGCUUAUGGAGAAGGGGAUCUGUAUGUUGAGUGCCUCAGGCCAGAGGAAAUGGAAGAUCUACUGACAUUACCCAGACUGCUGGUAUUUAAUUGGAGAACAUUAUAGUAUGCCUGCCUUUCUAUAAUAGUAUGCCUUGAUUCAUAUUGAUGGCAGCUGCUGCUGUAACUGGGGUCUUUUGAGAAGAAGCAGAAGGGCUGGCUAGGCUUGAGGGGCUACAAUGCAGUGGCUGGAUGAGUGUUUCAAUUUUAAGAAACCAUAUUUUGGUAACCUGGUAUUUCUGCUUCCAUAUCUUGGUAGUUUCCUAUCUCGUCUCGUACCCAGGGAAGAAGUCAGGCAGAGGUACGUUGCUAGUAUAGAUUCUCAUAGAAGGAUUAAACAAAGGCUUUUGCCCAUUCAGAGCAGAACCCAUUGUUUACAGUGUUUCUCAAUCUAAUAGGUAGCUGAGCCUUACAGUAGUUUCUGCAUUUUAACUCUGCAUCCUCCUGUGCAGCUUAUGUAGCUUCCUUCCCUGUGUGGCUGAUUAUUCCAAAUAUAAGCAGCUAUGAUCCAAACACUUAAUUUAAUCCUCAACAAUGAUCUACACCUUUCAAGUUGUCAAGGGUUAAACGAGCAAAACCAUAUUGGCUUUGAGGGAAUGAAGUCAAGAAACCCUGGAUUACUAUGCUGAAAAUUAGUCUUCUCUCAGCUGCAAUUAGGCUGUGCUUAGGUUUGUUAAUAGCAAUUGCCCAAAAGUAUAAAAAACUGAAAUGAAAGUUUACAAAAUGACCCAAUGCCUACCCUAGGUAGUGCUGCACAGUGUAU